AUUUUUCUCCUUCUUUCAUCCCCAACAAAAAAAAAAAAAAAAAAUUUCAAUCAGAUCAGUUUCCAUGGCUGCUGCCGCUAAUACCGCUGCCAUUUUUGCCUCUCCUUCGCAGGCUUUAUCCUCUAAACGCAGUUUUUUGUAUAGUCCAACGAUCAGUCCAAUACAAAGGAGAUUUCCAAAGAGGAAACUUGAUUUGCAAGUAAAAGCUGUUGCCACAACUCUUGCUCCACAAGAAGAAAUCAAAGAAUAUAAGCUUCCUUCAUGGGCAAUGUUCGAGAUGGGUACUGCUCCAGUGUACUGGAAAACCAUGAAUGGUCUUCCUCCAACCGCAGGUGAAAAGUUGAAACUUUUCUAUAAUCCAGCUGCAAGCAAACUCACUCUUAACGAGGACUAUGGGGUUGCUUUUAACGGAGGAUUUAACCAACCAAUCAUGUGUGGUGGGGAGCCAAGAGCAAUGCUAAAGAAAGAUCGAGGCAAAGCCGACUCUCCAAUUUACACUAUGCAGAUUUGCAUUCCUAAACAUGCUGUGAAUUUGAUAUUCUCGUUCACCAACGGUGUCGAUUGGGACGGUCCAUACAGACUUCAGUUUCAAGUCCCCAAGCAAUGGCGAAACAAACCUAUCGAGUUCUUCGAUGAGGGUCUAGCCAACGAGUUGAGCCAAGAUGGAGCUUGCGAGAGAGCAAUAUUUCCUGACUCGAACGUUGUUGCCACACGUUGCACAAUGAUCGCCAACUUGACGGUCGAAGGAGGAGAUAGAUGCAAUCUGGAUCUGGUUCCUGGGUGCAUGGAUACAAAUUCGGAACAUUUCAACCCAUACGCUAAUGUUGAUGAUGGCUCUUGUCCCCUCGAGUUAUCCGAUUCUGAGGAAUAGAACUAAUUAUUGAUUAAGUAAAUAUAGACACACCUAUGUUAGUUUCAGUAUUUGAAUACAAAGAUAUCACUUGUCGAUUUUUAAUACAGUAAAUUAUAUACAAAGCUUUACAGUUACAAUA